AUGGCCGACGACAUGUCUAACCGCUAUCAGGUGAUGGAGGAGCUGGGAAGCGGAAGUUUCGGUACCGUUUACAAGGCCAUUGACAAGCAGACGGGCGAGAUCGUCGCAAUUAAACAUAUCGAUCUCGAAUCCAGCGAAGAUGAUAUUCAGGAAAUUCAACAGGAGAUUUCUGUCCUCGCGACCUGCGCCAGUGCAUUCGUCACGCAGUACAAAGCGAGUUUUUUGAAGGGCCACAAACUUUGGAUUGUGAUGGAAUAUCUGGGAGGCGGGUCAUGCUUGGAUUUGCUAAAACCGGGCGUAUUCAACGAAGCCCACGUCGCGAUUGUCUGCCAACAGUUGCUCCUCGGAUUAGAUUAUCUCCACGCGGAAGGAAAGAUUCAUCGCGACGUCAAAGCUGCGAAUGUUUUGCUCUCCAAUACCGGAAAGGUCAAGCUGGCGGACUUUGGCGUGGCGGCGCAGCUGGUCAACAUCAAAUCGCAACGGAACACUUUCGUCGGGACACCCUUCUGGAUGGCACCCGAGGUCAUCCAGCAGGCAGGGUAUGAUUUCAAGGCGGACAUCUGGUCGCUGGGGAUCACAGCAAUCGAGAUGAUCAAUGGCGAACCGCCUCACGCUAGCACCCACCCGAUGAAGGUCUUAUUUCUCAUCCCCAAACAACCAGCGCCACGACUCGAAGGCAACGAUUACAGCAACACAUUCAAGGACUUUGUGGCUCAGUGUCUGACCAAGGAUCCGGACCGCCGCCCAACGGCAAAGGAAUUGCUACGCCACAAAUUCAUUCGAAAUGCUGGAAAGACGGAAGCUUUACAGGAGCUUAUCCAACGCAAACAGGAAUGGGACGCAGGUCGAGGGGUCGGCAAAGACGUCAAGUACUAUGCCGAGUCACUCAAUACGCUCACCAGGGCACCUUCCACCGAAGACGACGAAGAUUGGGUGUUCGACACUGUCAAAGCGCCCACCAUGUGGGUGCCGAAAGGGAAGGACUGGUCGACACUUGACGAAGAAGAGGAUGAAUGUGACCCCUCUGAACUCCUCCAAGACCUGCAUAUUUCCCCACCUCCAGCGCCUCCGAAGCACCAAAACCAACCCCCUAUUCAAGCAAACUCGACGGUGCGACGGACGCCGACUGUCGAACGGCCAGCCGAACGAUCUCCUUCCAUCCGUCAGACGAGCACCAAGCGCAGGUCGAGCGGUGUGAAACAGCCCCUUGGCUUAGAUCUCAGCUUUGGAAAUACCCCAUCCACAGUCCGCCAAUUCCGACGUGUCUCAGACAAAGUGUCCAGUGACCCUGCUGCGCCCAGAGUCCCGCCCGGGUUCGACGAAAACACCAGUCCCAAGCCAUACUCGCCUUCCGAAUCGACGAGCAGAGAGGCUCAACUGGGCCGACGAGUAUAUAGCAAGGCAGUUGGCUUAUCUUGCCAAGAGGUCCUUGCCAAUACUGGAGAUGGAGAGAAACGCGAAGCGAUUUCUCGACUAGCGGAAGCCUGGAGUGAUUUGGAGAUGUGCGACCCUGAAGGCCUCUAUCAAAUCAUUCGAAGCAUGAACGAGCGAAUCUCAGCCGAUCCGCGUCUCGCUUCCCUCAUCCCCGCGGCUCCCGCACAGCCCGACUCUCCAUCCCGCCCUCGCCUGGUGCUAGCGCAAAGUAAUCCUCAUCUAAAGAGUCAUCGUCGACGACAAUCGACGCACACGGUUGAGUGCCUUCCUCAAUCUCCGCCUCGAUCCACCAUGCCCGGUCAAAAUGUGCCUGGCAUGGAACACACGAAGCAAUUAUCCGAUGUGCUAUAUCAGCGCUGGGCGGAGGGACUCCGCAAUCGAUGGGGGAUUUGA